AUGUCAGCUCUAAACUGCUGGAUGAUGCAAGCUCAACUUACCUCUCACUGGGGGCAAGUUGAGAGGUUCUGGCUCCCGCACAACGUAACCUGGGCUGACUUGAAAAACACAGACGAGUCCACCUUUCCACAAGCCGAGGAUCUGUAUCUGGCGUGUCCUUUAGCAUUCUGCAUGUUUAUGAUCCGGCUGGUCUUUGAGAGGUUUAUCGCAAGGCCAUGUGCACUAGGUCUGAAAAUCCAGGCCAACGGGCCGCAGAAAGCUCAGCCCAACGCCAUUCUGGAGAAGGUCUUCACUGCCAUCACCAAGCACCCCGAUGAGAAGAGGUUAGAGGGUCUGUCCAAGCAGCUGGACUGGGACGUGAGGACCAUCCAGCGCUGGUUCAGACAACGACGCAACCAGGAGAAACCAAGCACACUGGCGCGCUUCUGUGAAAGCAUGUGGAGGUUCACGUUUUACCUGUACAUAUUUACUUACGGUGUGCGCUUCCUGAAGAAGAGCCCGUGGCUGUGGAACACCCGAGAGUGCUGGUACAACUACCCCUAUCAGCCGUUAACUGUGGAUUUGCAUUACUACUACAUCCUGGAGCUGUCCUUCUAUCUGUCGCUGCUCUUCUCGCAAUUCACAGACAUCAGAAGAAAGGACUUUCUUCUGAUGUUCCUGCAUCAUGUGGCCACCAUCUGUCUGAUCACCUUCUCAUAUGUGAAUAACAUGGCUCGGGUGGGAACGCUGGUCAUGUGCCUGCAUGAUGCUGCCGACGUCCUGCUGGAGGCUGCUAAAAUGGCCAACUACGGCAAAUGCCAGAGACUCUGCAACGUCCUGUUCGUAAUGUUUGCCCUGGUGUUCAUCAGCUCCAGGCUGGGAGUGUGUCCUGUAUGGAUUUUAAACAGCACUGUGUUUGAGAGCUGGGAGAUUGUUGGGCCGUACCCGUCGUGGUGGGUGUUUAACGUGCUGCUCGUCCUGCUGCAGGCCCUGCACACCUUCUGGUCGUACCUCAUAGUGUGCAUCGCCUGCAGGGCAAUCUCCAGAGGAAAGGCGGGAAAAUGGAAUCCUUUACAUGUGUCAAAAGAUGACCGCAGUGACAUUGAGUCUAGCUCUGAUGAAGACGAGGUUCUUCCUCCCUCUCAGAAACAUCAGACUAAUGGGACCAACGGCACCAACGGCUACCUGUCCUCGUCCCCGUGCCCAGACGAACACUAACCGUUUCACCGGGUCCCAGCUGCAUCACUCUCCAUUGUGUCAGAUCCUGUAUGAACAUUACCGGUCCCGUACUGGAACUUCUCAAUAAUGUGAAUGCGGUUCUGUUUCGGUUGCUUGCUUUUCACCAUUUCCCCCCAGAUGUUUUGUGUUCCAUUCGUUGGCUUUUGUUUUUGUGGUUGUUUAUCCUGCGACAUUCGUUAUCGAAGCACCUUUUAGAUUCAAUGCGACUCGCUCUUUUCUUUCGAGCAGGUGAAUGAAAGCGCCGUUCUUUCUUUCAUAAUCACGUGAGCAUGCGGUCAUGUAUUCUGGCAUCAUGGGAACAGUAGGUUUCUUGGAUUAGUGUUUUUUUCUAUUGAUUUCUUUUUUGUAACUUUAAUAAA